AAGCCUCUCCUCUCGUGCCUUACAGUCUCACUCAACCAGAGUAGUUGAGCUGAAAGGACCGCGCCCAGCACCUCUAGCACCAUGGGACUCACACACGACCCAACCUUCCAGAAACUGGAGAAAUGGUACCAUGAACAUGCUCUGCACCUUAACAUGAGGAAGAUGUUUGAGGAAGACAAGGAGCGAUUCCACAAAUUCAGCACAACGCUGAAGACAGAUCAUGGAGACAUUCUGAUUGAUUACUCUAAGAAUCUCAUCACUGAGGAUGUCAUGAAGAUGUUGGUCGAACUGGGCAAGUCGAGGGGGAUUGAGGCCGCCAGGGACAAGAUGUUCCAUGGAGACAAGAUCAACUUCACUGAGGGCCGUGCUGUGCUCCACGUGGCUCUAAGGAACCGCUCCAACCAUCCCAUCAUGGUUGACGGACAUGAUGUGAUGCCUGAGGUCAACAAAGUCCUGGAGAAGAUGAAGGCCUUCUGCCACAAAGUUCGCAGUGGCGAGUGGAAGGGCUGGACUGGAAAGUCCAUCACAGACGUUGUCAACGUCGGCAUUGGUGGAUCUGACCUGGGUCCUCUAAUGGUGACUGAGGCUCUGAAGAACUACUCCAAGGGAGGUCCCCGUGUGCAUUUUGUCUCCAACAUUGACGGCACACACAUCGCCAAAACCCUGGCUGAGCUCAAUGCUGAGACCACCCUGUUCAUCGUGGCCUCCAAGACUUUCACCACCCAAGAGACCAUCACCAAUGCAGAGUCUGCCAAGGAAUGGUUCAUUGAGCACGCUAAAGAUAAAUCUGCUGUUGCCAAGCACUUUGUGGCGCUCUCCACUGCCGGCCCCUUAGUGAAGGCCUUUGGCAUUGAUCCUGACAACAUGUUUGGCUUCUGGGAUGUGAGUGCAUGUUGUCAGUGCAUGCAGAAUGUCAUGUGUGUAUUUCAUUGGGGGUAGUACAGUGCUCUUCCU